AUGUUGGGAGUGGAUCCAAAGGUACCUGGGAAUGGUGGACCAGAAUGCGCUGCUUAUCUGUCCCUCACACAAAGGCUGAUGGAGACUGUGAUUUUCACUUUGGUUGGGAUUGGAUACAUGUGGUGGUCAUACAAUCACAUUCGCCUGCCUCACAAGUAUGCAUACAUUCGUAAGGAUCGUGGUGGGAAAAGGGCUCUCCUUGUCAUCAUGUCCCUUGUUUGGGGCAUAGAGAUUGGCUUCAAGUUCUCUAGUCGCACUCUCAUCUAUCUCCUCAAUCCCUGCCAUGUCACCACUGCUAUCCAGAUUUACUUACUGGCAGCACCACCAAGUCGAUUUGUGACUGCCAUGUUUCGCAUUCACAUGAAUCUCCUCCCUGGAGCCAGCCUUGCAAUCCUCUUUCCUGUUACCAACAGUCGUCUGCUACCAUUUGAGACUGAGAUCUACUGGAUUCAGCACUUUCUCAUGUUGGUUGUUCCCUACUACCUUCUGCGUCUUGGAGGAGUGUACACAGUAGCCCAUCCAUUGGAUAUGAGCUGGCCUGUAUUUGGGCUUGGCAUCUGCACCUUCUAUCACUGGCUUCUUCUUCAACCUGUUGGAUUGGUGAACUUGAACAACAUGCUGUGUCCAGCAAUCUCAGAUCCCUUCCGGGGUCCAUACUACCGAAUGGCUGCCAUGUGCCAUCAGAGUCUCUUCAUUCCACUCUUCAAUCGCUCUUACUGCCUCCUCUCCAAGUUCUUCUUGACCUCAUGUUCCCUGACCAAGGUCAAGGAGACUCUGUCUCAGGAUCUCAGCCUCUCAGAGCGACCUGUUGGACUUCAGUCGCAGUCCCUAGCAGAGUGGUACCUACUAUCUGGUCUGUUGGAUGAAUGCAAACAGAUGUCACAGGUGAACUUGAACAACAUGCUGUGUCCAGCAAUCUCAGAUCCCUUCCGGGGUCCAUACUACCGAAUGGCUGCCAUGUGCCAUCAGAGUCUCUUCAUUCCACUCUUCAAUCGCUCUUACUGCCUCCUCUCCAAGUUCUUCUUGACCUCAUGUUCCCUGACCAAGGUCAAGGAGACUCUGUCUCAGGAUCUCAGCCUCUCAGAGGCUGGACAACCUGAAGUCAGCGUCAGGGAUCGUCUCACCAUGGAUGACAUCUUGGCUGAACAGGAGGAAAUGCAACCAACCAUCCAUGAAAUGCAACCAACCAUCCAUGAAAUGCAACCAACCAUCCAUGUGAAGGAUGAACCGAUGAAGGUGGCAGCAGCAAAUGGUCACAAGUAUGAAGAUUUUGCCAACACUCCACACAAGAAACUGUUAAUGCCACUUCCCGAAUUCCUGAGUUCCCUGUCGGACAACCCAUACUUCGGCGCUGGAUUCGGCCUGUUCGGCCUCGGUGCCAGUGCCGCACUCCUCCGCAAAGUGGCACAAUUCGGAAUGAUCGCGUUCCGACGGCAUUACAUGAUGACCUUGGAAGUGCCUUGUCGAGACAAGAGCUACCAGUGGCUUCUCCAGUGGAUCACGGUGCGAGGAGCCCAAAAGACUCAGCAUCUCAGCGUCGAGACCAGUUUCCAACAGAUGGAGACCGGAAAAGUGCAGACUCGAUACGACUUCAUCCCGGGGGUUGGAACGCACUUCUUCCGUUUCCGAGACACGUGGAUCCGCGUGGAGCGGACACGAGAACAGCACACUCUGGAUCUCCACAUGGGAACGCCUUGGGAAAGCGUCACACUCACUGCGCUCGGCCGAAACAAGAACCUCUACUUCCAGAUUCUCGAAGAAGCUCGAGCAGAGGCGUUGAGGGAGCGCGAAGGGAAGACCCUCAUGUUCACGGCCGCGGGUUCCGAAUGGAGGCAGUUUGGACACCCUAGGAAGAGACGACCGUUAGCGUCGGUGGUCUUGGAUAGAGGCAUUACCACCCGCAUCUUUCAAGAUGUCCUUGAAUUUCUCGAUAACCCUUCCUGGUACACGACACGUGGGAUCCCAUAUCGAAGAGGAUAUCUGCUUUUCGGCCCCCCCGGGUGUGGGAAAUCCAGUUUCAUCACGGCCUUGGCGGGGGAACUGGAGUAUGGAAUUUGUGUAUUAAAUCUGAGCGAACGGGGGCUCACGGACGACCGACUCAAUCAUCUCCUGAACGUUGCUCCUCAGCAGACCAUCCUCCUCCUCGAGGAUGUGGAUGCCGCCUUUAUCUCCCGACACGAAUCCCCAAACAGUGAGGCAUCCAGAAAGUCGCCGUUAUGUCUAUCCUUGUCCUUGCGUGAACUGAACCCGAACAGCACAAUGAAGAGAUCUGUUCAUCUGACCCGUGAUAUCAUCUGUUCUCCACACAGACUAGAUCCUGCAUUGAUCCGACCGGGUCGAGUGGAUGUGAAGGAGUACAUCGGGCCCUGUUCUCGGUACCAGAUGGAAGAGAUGUUCCGUCGAUUCUAUCCUGAAGUGAGUGCUGCAUCGGCAGAAGAAUUUGCUGCAGCAUUGGAAUCACUUUCGGCCGAGCGGGGUCCCCUCUCCCCUGCUUCUCUGCAGGGCUACCUCAUGUUCUACAAAAACGCACCCAGUGAUGCUCAUCGAGAUAUAGAACGUAUUUGGACUCUGUAG